CACAAGUUACGCUAAAUAUAACUCUCAUGGUAUUUUGAUUUAAGGAGCUGUAGUACAAGCUCUUGAACAGGAGACAUGUUUAUAGUCUUGUAAUUAGCAGAUUACAGCUGUAAUAAUUAAUAUUAAAACACUGAAUAUGGCACAGGUGGUGUAAAAUAGAUUUAUCCCAUACUGUCUGGUGUAGAACAUUAGGGAAUUAUUUUAUGGACUGUACAAGAUCCUUCCCGUUCAGCUCAUUUCUUAUAUAACUGUUUUGUUCCUAAGAAAUUAUGGCUUAUUCAAGAUGGCGCUGCAAGAGUGGCAGCUAGUUGCAGUAGCUCCAAGCGUGUUUGUGUUUUGUUAAAUCGGCAUCAGCAGACCCUUUCAGCCACGGCUCCAUUGUUUACACUCGGGAGCAGCUGUUAGCACUGCGCAACACCAAGGUACUCCCCGUGGAAAGACCGGUGAUCCCUGCGGAAUUAAGGAGAAGGAGAAGGGGAUGCAGAGCUGGAAUGAAGUGCCGGGAGAAGAAAAGACGGUAUAAACCAUGUAUACCGUCUGUCAUCAUGGGAAACGUAAGCUCUCUCCCUAAUAAGAUGGAUGAGCUAACGGAGCUAACCAGGCUGCAGAGGGAGUACCGGGAGUGUAGCCUUAUGUGCUUCACAGAGACUUGGCUGAAUGAACUCUCACCGGACUCACGCGUCACUCUGGACGGAUUUCAACUCGUGAGAAUGGACAGGAAAGCCAAGGAGAGCGGUAAGAGGAAAGGAGGGGGUAUAGCAAUGUUUGUGAAUGACAGAUGGUGUAACCCGGGGCACAUCAGGGUAAAGGAGCAGUAUUGCAGUAAAAACAUUGAACUGCUAGCGGUUAGCAUUCGGCCAUAUUACCUCCCGAGGGAAUUCUCGCACGUUAUCGCGAUAACUGUGUCCAUCCCCCCCAGCGGCCGAUGCUGCUGCAGCUUGUGAGCUCUUACACACUACAGUGUCAAAGCUUCAGACAUCGCACCCCCAGUCCCUGCUACUAAUCUCCGGUGACUUCAGUCAUGCUUCUCUGUCCUCCACUCUCCCAACCUUCACUCAGUAUGUGAAAUGCCACACCAGAGACAAGAGAACUUUGUAUUUAAUGUAUGUGAACACCAAGGACGCAUAGCUCAUCACCCCUUCCCCUGCUGGGCUGUUCUGACCACAAUCUGGUUCAUUUGUCCCCUACAUACAUACCUAUGGUGAAUAAACAACCACCCACCAAGAGGUAUGUAAGGAGCUGGUCUGAGGAGACCAGUAUGGCACUGAGGGACUGCUUUGACACCAUGGACUGGGCUGUGUUGUGUGAACCUCAUGGGGAUGACAUUGAUAGCCUGACAACCUGCAUCACGGAUUACAUUAAUUUCUGUGUUGAAAACACUGUGCCAGUCAGAAAGGUACGGUGUUUUCCCAACAAUAAACCCUGGGUGACCUCUGAACUAAAAGCCCUAUUAAACAAGAAGAGGGUUUUUAAAUCUGGCAACAAGGAGGAGAUGAGGAGAGUGCAGAGGGAGCUGAAGAGGGGGAUAAGGAGAGGCAAGGACAGCUACAGGAGGAAGCUGGAGGAGCACCUCAAGGGGAGCAACACUGGAGAGGUAUGGAGAGGCCUGAAAACCAUCUCUGGCCACACAAAGGACAGUGGGAGGGGCCCUGUAUGUGGGGGCCAAGACUGGGCAAAUGAGUUGAAUCUCUUUUUCAACAGAUUUGACUGUGCCACCCCACCCUCCCCCACUCACCAUAGUCCUGACCGGUCUGUGAUAUCACUCCACCUCCCUCCCCCCAUAAUACCUCUGACACCAACAGCUCCCUCCUCACACCACAUCACCCCCCUCCGAUCCCUGCCAGACCAAUCCACACACUCCACCCCCGACCUCACUCUACAGGACUCACACCUCGGCUACACCCCUUGCCUCUCCAUAACAGCUGAUCAGGUGUUGAAGGAGCUGAGGAGGAUCAAGACAAGGAAAGCUGCUGGCCCUGAUGGUAUCAACUCCAGACUGCUUAAAGACUGUGCAGAUCAGCUCUGUGGGAUUCUUCUGUACAUUUUUAACCUGAGCCUCAGUCUGGAGAAAGUUCCACUUCUGUAAAACAUUAUGUGUGGUUCCAGUUCCCAAGACUGCGCACCCCAGGGAGCUCAACCACUUUCGGCCAGUAGCUUUAACAUCUCACCUAAUGAAGAUCAUGGAGAGAAUUGUUCUCUCCCACCUCCGACACCUGGUGAACAGUGAGAUGGACCCCCUGCAGUUUGCAUAUCGACCGGGGAUUGGUGUGGAUGACGCGGUCAUUUACCUGCUACACCGGCCACUUUUGCACCUGGAGGGCACUGGGAGCACUGUGAGAAUCAUGUUCUUUGACUUCUCCAGUGCUUUCAACACAAUCCAGCCAUCACUGCUUAGGGGGAAGCUGGAGGGAGCUGGUGUCGACUGCCACCUGGCUGCAUGGAUCAUCGACUACCUCAUUACCAGACCAUAGUAUGUGAGGCUCCGCGACUGUGUGUCUGAUGUGGUAGUCUGCAGCACAGGGGCUCCACAGGGUACAGUGCUCUCUCUCCUUUCCUCUUUACACUUUACACAUCUGACUGCAGCUACAACACGGACAGCUGCCACCUCCAGAAGUUCUCAGAUGAUACAGCCAUUGUUGGACAUGUGUCAGAGGGGGACGAUCUGGAGUACAGAGAGGUCAUCACCAACUUUGUCGCCUGAUGCAAACUGAACCACCUGCGCAUCAACACCAGCAAGACAAAGGAGGUGGUGAUCGAUUUCAGAAGGUCGGUUCCUCAAAUUGCACCAGUGAACAUCCAGGGUUUGAACAUUGAGAUCGUGGAGGAGUACAAAUACCUGGGUGUUCACCUCAACAACAAACUGGACUGGACUAACAACACAGAUGUCCUGUACAAGAAGGGCCAAAGUCGUCUCCACCUCUUGAGAAGACUGAGGUCUUUUGGUGUGUGCAGGACACUGCUUAGGACUUUUUAUGACUCUGUGGUAGCAUCAGCGAUUUUCUACACUGUGGUCUGCUGGGGCUGUGGAAGUUCAGAGAGGGACAGGAAGAAACUUAAUAAACUGGUCAGAAGGGCUAGCUCAGUCUUGGACUGUCCUCUGGACUCCAUUGAGGUGGUGGGUGAGAGGAGGAUGUUAGCCAAGCUGACCUCUAUCAUGGAUAACCCCUCUCACCCCCUACAUGAGGCUGUGGGGGCUUUAAGCAGCUCUUUUAGUAGUAGACCGCUACACCCACGGUGUAAGAAGGAGAGGUACCGCAGGUCAUUCAUACCUACUGCUGUCAGACUGUAAUAACACCCACAACUUGUAACAUAGCACCAAUAACCUGUUUGUUGUUUAAUUUGCACUACUUCACCACUACCACCUCUGCCAUCUCUCAUCGAUGCAAUUACUAUGUGUAAUAAUAUAGGCCCUAAACU